ACUCCCACUCAAUGCUCAACCCAAAACCACAUAGCUGCUAUCUAUAAAUAGGAACCUAGCUUCAGGCCAUAAAACACUACUCUUUCAUUCCCAAACACCAACCAAUCCAACUGAGAAUGGCCAAAAUGUUAGAGAACAGUUUUCUUCUUCCUUUCACCAUGGCUAUUGCCUUUGCCUUGUUGGUCUCAUGUUCACAAGGGCUCAACACAAGCCUCGAUCAACCUUCUUCUCUAGUCCCAUCAUCCACCAUACUCAAUUACCAUGGCGGUCCACUCCUUACCGGACCCAGAACCAUCAACAUCUAUCUCAUCUGGUAUGGAACCUUUUACCUGAAAGAUCGAACCCCGAUCACCGACUUCUUUGCUUCCUUUAAUGGACUCAAUCCACAGCCGAAGGAGUCCACGGUUGCAUCGUGGUGGAAUACUAUUUUGUCGUACAAGGACAAGGUCGGGAAACCAGUUUCCAGCACUUUCACACUCUCGAAACAGCUAGGAGACAUACAAUACUCACUUGGGAAAAACAUCAAACGUGCUCAAAUAGCCAACUAUAUUAAAAGCAAGAUUGAUAGCAAAUUAUUACCUUUGGAUCCCCAUGGGGUGUACUUGGUUCUGACCUCUAAAGAUGUCAGCGUGGAGCAGUUUUGCAUGAGUUCAUGCGGCUUUCAUGGAAGCAUCAUAACAACAGCAACGAAAAGAAGAGUAGUCUAUGCACACGUUGGAGACCCCUUCAGGCAGUGCCCUGGCCUGUGUUCAUGGCCAUUUGCUCUUCCGGCUUAUGGUCCACCUGGUCAGGCAGCUCUGGUGGCUCCCAAUGGGGUUGGUACAGAUGGCAUCAUUAUGAACCUCGCAACAAUUCUUGCUGGAGCUGCAACAAACCCUUUCAACUCCGGCUACUUUCAAGGGGAUGUGUUGGCACCACUUGAGGCCGUCACAGCAUGUCCAGGGAUUUUCGGCCCCCGAGCUUAUCCAGGGUAUCCAGGUGACCUGAAAGUGGAUAAAAUUAGCAGGGCAAGCUAUAACGCUUAUGGCGUCAAUGGCCGGAAGUUCCUUCUCCCAGCUAUGUGGGACCCAGUGCAGACCAAUUGCAAGGUGCUUGCCUGAAAUUCAAAAUCAAUUUCAGUGAAGGAACCAUAUGUAUAUGAAUAUAGCUCAUGUAUGCACAAACUUCCUAAAACAAAUACCAAUUGCAAAACAAAUAAUAUUAAUCAUGAGAAUUAACUCUUCUUUCUAAAAA